UGCUGUUUUUUAACAUUUCGUUUGUAUAGUAAAAAAAAAUGCCCACAAAAUUGUAAUAAAAACCGACUAUCUCGCAAGUAGUGUGACUUGUCAAGAUGAAGUCGUUUUUAUUAGUUCCCUUUCUGGUAGCAAGCAUUUCUGCAUUUCCGUCCGAUUUUCAAAAGAAUGACUCGCGAAUUGAUAAUAGAAUCGUAGGUGGGAGAUGGAUGUCCAUCUAUGAUGUUCCCUGGCAAGUCUCUGUCCAAUACAACAAAGCCCAUAUAUGUGGAGGUUCUAUAAUAAGUGACAAAUAUAUUGUCACCGCUGCUCAUUGCACCGAUGGAUUCUCUCCAAAUUUAUUUUCUGUCCGUGUUGGAACCAGUUUUCACGAGUUUGGUAUAAACUACAAAGUAUCAAGUAUAUAUCAACAUCCUAAGUAUUUUCACUGGAUUAUGGGUUACGAUAUUUCCAUCAUCAAAUUGAAAACUGUUUUGACUUUUGGCUUAAGUGUAGCUCCAGUCUCGCUCCCACCUUCAAACACCAAGUGGAAUCCUGGCACUUUGGUUCUUAUUACCGGUUGGGGGAAAACGCACGAACUAAGUCAGCUAUCUUCUUAUUUCCUACAAGGCGUUUCUGUUGAAAUUAGCAGCGAAGAGUAUUGCAAAAAAAUUUACGGUGAAUACUAUAUUACUAAUCGUGUGUUGUGUGCUGGUGUUCCUGAAGGUGGCAAGAGUGCUUGCCAAGGCGAUUCUGGUGGACCUUUGGUUGUCGGAAAUGUCCUUGCAGGUAUUGUUUCAUGGGGUGUUGGAUGUGCAAGACCUGGUUUUCCCGGAGUUUACACUAACGUUUCUGCAGUUCGGGAUUUCAUUGAGCAAAUCACAGGAAUAUAAUUUUGCAAGAAAAUCCAAUCCAGAUGUAACAAACUAGUAAAGUAAUAAAAGUAGUGAUGAAAUUUUU